AUGAGUGAGCGUUACCGUCGUCUUGUACCAGGUCCCUCGCAUUCGGAGGAUGACCAUGACCAUGACCAGGAAAACUACCAUGAACAUGACACUGAAAAUGGUAGUCCACCUGCCGAAGAAGGGAAGGGUUCUGGGAGGUGGAAGAAGAGGGUUUCAACUGCUUGUCUGGCUUGUAAGAAGUCGAAGAGGAAGUGCUCCGGCACAUCCCCCUGCACAAACUGCCAAACCUUCAAAAGAGUCUGCAUCUUCGACGAAUCCCUCGACCAACGCCGACGCGUAGCCGCAAAACGCACAGCAGACGAACUCUCCUACCACCGUGACCUCCUCUCAGACCUCUUCAAGCUCGUCCGCGAAGCAAACGAAUCAGACGCUUUGCACCUCCUGACAAUAAUCCGGCACAAUGCACCCGCAGAUGAAAUCCGCGCCUAUAUAAACGAAACACUCGCUUCCCUCACCUCCCCAUCAACACCAACAACAACAUCAACAGCCCACAAGCAGGAAACUGUUGCUAAGCUGGAAGAUAUGCGCCAGCUUAUCAAUGUCGAGGGUACGGGUCCUACUUUCAGAAGGAAGGUUAUGGAUAUACAUUACCUGUGUGAUUCCGCGCCUUGUGAGGUCCCUGCGAAGCCGUGGACGAGGGUUACGGCAGAUGCGGAUCUGGUGUCGCAUCUUGUUUCGUUGUACUUUGCCUGGGAUUGGCCGUUCACCACGGUUUUGGAUAAGGGGGUUUUUGUUAGGCAUAUGGCCAAGGGAGUCUUGGGGUCUGAGUUUUGUAGCCCGUUUUUGGUUAAUGCGGUGCUCAGUAAUGCUUGUUACUUCUCUGAGUUCUCCGAGGCUUACGUCGUUCCUGGUGAUAUCUCUUCGAAAGGGUGUGAUUUCCUUGCUGAGGCAGAGAGGUUGAGGGCUGAGGAGAGUUCGCAGCCUAGUUUGGCGGGUUUGCAGGGGACGUUGCUGAUGUAUGAGAGAUAUGCGAUGUCCCGAGAAGACGACCUGGGCUAUAUCAUGCUGCAUGAGGCUAUCCGAAUGGGCGAGGCAUUGGGCCUGGUCGGCAGCACAGGACCUAGAAUGGCAUCGGGCGAGUUAUCCCAGGACAUGGAUAUCUCAUGCAAGCGCACAGCCUGGGGUCUGUUCAACGUCGACACAAUGGUCCACACAUCCUUCCUCCGCCCAAGCCUCAUCGACCACGUCAAUAUGGCCCGUCUGGAUAUCAACCAGUCCGAAGACCAAGCCCUCUGGCAGUCAUACCCAACGCAUCGCGACCCGCGCCCGUCAUUCUUCAGUCAGUACUUCGAUGAAGCAUGCAACUUGUCGACGAUUGCGCGCGAUAUCUCGCGCAGCAUGUUCGCAGACCACAGGAGCAACACCGACCUCGGCCCCAUCCACCGCCAGAGCCGCGAGGAUCUAUACGACCGUAUUCGUCGCUGGCACGAUCUUCUCCCGGAGGACUUUGAUGUGCGGUACAGGCCAGCUCCGCAUAUCAUCUUACUGAAAAUGCGCUACAACGCCCUCAUCAUAAACCUCUUCAGCUGCAUCUCCGAAGACGAAGUCCCACCCAUACCCUUCGAGCCUAAAACACCCGAAAGCCCGCCGCGCCACACCCCGGAGAGAAAAUACAAUGCAGGGGAAGUCACGCAGAGCGCGGCGCGCGGGAUCGCCGCCCUGACGCGUCUGCACAGACGCGAGUUCGGGGUUAGUCGUGCGCACCAGUUCGCGAUGUACGCGAUCAACCUGGCGCUGUUUACGAUGCUCGAGCAAGAGUCGUUCGAUGUAUUGGAUGAGGAUUUCCUCACUCUUACAAGUGCGUUCUCGGUUGUUGCCAGUCGGUCUGCGCUGGGGAGGAAUCUAUUCCAUAUUUUCCGACAGUCGGUCAGGGCCAAGGCGCAGGGGUAUCGGAUUCGGGAGGCAAGUUCUGUGCCGGAUGAGUUGAAGGAUUUAUUUGAUGAGGCUUCGAAGGAAAGGGGAUGUAGUCGGUUUGAUGAGUAUGCUGAGGGGCUUGAGAAGUUGAACCAGAAGGAUAAGUAUCAUGGGAUUGGGGAGGGGGAUGGGAAGGGGUUGCAGGAUUAUCCUGGACUUGGACUUUCGGAUAUGUUGGAUCGGUAUGAGAGUCUUAGUCUUGGGAAGGAUGAUGUUUUGGUUGAGAGGUAUCGGCCUGUUGGAUGUUGA